AUGGGAUUUCUCUACUCUCAGUUCUUCAUCAAACCAGCUUAUCCGAAGAGAUCUUUUGCUGGAGAGACCGUCAUUGUGACUGGAAGCAAUACUGGCCUAGGAAAGGAAGCAGCUCGACAUUUCGCUCGACUGGGCGCCUCCAAACUGAUCCUCGCUGUGCGAAACACCAAGGCGGGAGAAGCUGCCAAAAAGGACAUUGAAAACACCACCAAAUGCAGCCCCAACGUGAUUGAGGUUUGGGAGCUCGACCUUGCCUCGUUCGACUCGGUCAAAGCCUUCGCCGACCGCGCAUCUAAACUCCCUCGCAUCGACGUGCUGCUUGAGAACGCGGGCAUCGCUACCAGGAAAUACAGUCAAGCCGAGGGACACGAACGCACCAUCACAGUCAAUGUCAUCAGCACUUUCUUCCUGGCGUUGCUUUUGCUGCCAAAACUGAAGUCCACCGCCAAGGAAUUCAAGGUCAAUCCGCGUCUCACCAUCGUGUCCAGCGAAGUGCACGCCUGGACCAAAUUCGAGGAACGGAAUGUGCCUCGCAUCUUUGAGACUCUCGACAACGAGAAGACAGCCAAGAUGGACGAACGAUACCAGACCAGUAAACUACUGGAAGUCCUCAGCGUUCGCCAGAUCGCGCCCAAACUUGCCGGGUCCGGGGUCAUCUUGAACAUGCUCAAUCCUGGAUUGUGCCACUCGGAGCUUGCCCGAGAGGCGUCGUUCGUGUUGACGCUAUUGAAGUUCUUCCUUGCCCGCUCGACAGAGGUGGGCAGUCGGACCUUGGUGGCAGCGGCCGAGGCAGGGAUGGAGUCGCAUGGCAAGUACAUGUCGGAUGGCAAGGUUGCAGACGACAAUCUGUCACCAUUUGCGAGGAGCAAGGAUGGCGAAGUGGCUGGUAAGAAGGUGUGGAGUGAGCUGAGCGACAUCCUGGAGAAGAUUCAGCCUGGGAUUACCCAGAAUAUCUGA